AUUUAUGAGUUGAUACUGAAUACUAGACUAAUUAUUUUGUUGAUCCUGAUCUUCCUACUUCUCUUGCUUUAGGGCACAUUGCUUCAUCUAUCAGUGUAUUUAACUUCGAAAUUGUUGUAAUAUAUUCAGGUGACCGUUAAGGCCCUUGGGCCUCUUGUUUAGGAUAUUGACAGAUUAGCCAAGUGCGGAAUGACUGUGACAAGUAAAUCCAUGCACAGCAAGUUAGAAACCUGGAUAUCAAAUUUAGAUGCAGAGGUCAUAGCACUGAAGAAGUCUUGGGAGGAGGGCCAAGAAAAUACAACAAAAUACCAGUUAAUUGGUGACAAUUGGGAUAAAAAAAUACUGCCAUCCUACAGGACCUCCCAGAACCAGACACAAUCCAUACAUUUGUUUAAUGUAUUGAUUGCUGUAGAUAGAGUGCAAAUACCUGUGGUAACUCCAGAAAGAGACCUAGAAUAUGCAGACAUCUCUUUUGAAAAAUUCGUGCCAUCACUUGAAGAACAAGAAAAGUUGAAGGAAGAAUUGGUUUUUAUUACUGCAACAUCUGUGAUCAGGAACAUUCCCCACCUUUCAAAACUUUUGGACAAAAUAUAUCCCAAACAUCUGCCACACAAGUAUAGUGAUCAAGCAGGAAUUAAAACAGUACAAUAUCCGUUAGGACUGUAUGACUGUAAUGAAACCAAAACAGCGGAUGUCAUCAAGCUCUUAAAAGAAUUACAGCAGAAGUAUGUUCCUCACAGAGAUGGAGAGAUUUGUGAGCCUGUUCUUUUUGGUGGUGACCAGCUUACUGAUGAGCGCAUUCAGUGUGCACAGGAAGCCAUGCUUAAUGGUAACACGUCUGAUGAUAGAUUAGAAGGUUUCAUAUCCAAAAUCGAGGAUUUCCACAGAUUAAUGAAUUUUUUAGAAGCAAUAGCAAAACUUACAUACAAUACCGGAUCUGCAGGAGACAGAGGAACAGUUUAUUACUUCAGAAAUUUAUUGAACCACAGAAGUGUUAAAGGGGAUGUGAAAAAUGUCUACCGUUCAUACAAAUAUUUAUAUUACACCAUCUUAGAUGCCAUUUGCUGUUAUUUAUUUCUGAAAGAAAUGGAUCUUGAGAAUUUAUCAGAUUCCAUUCCGCUGCCUCAACAAUUUUACCAGUAUACAGAUGCAGACAAAAUCUCAUGGAUAAAUGACAUAUGUGAAAGGAUCAUUGAAAAAUACUUUUUUGAGGGUUUCCUGAUAUUAUGUCUUAGAUUGUGUGACCGACAAAAAUCAUCCGGACAAUUAUUGGGUGUCAAAUUUCAAUGAAGGUAGAGUGAAAUGUCAUCAUUGUGAAAAAACUUAUGCGUAUGUUGGCAGUCUGAAAGCACACGAAGAAAAAAUGCAUGGUGUUACUGUGUCAAAGAAACAAAAGAAAGAAAAAAAGAAAAGUAAAGAUGAACUAAAUGGAUACAUGUUGCUACUUUUUAAACUUUCACUGUUACACAAGAAUUUGGAUGAUGCUGUUGACAUGGCAGAUGGUGUAAGGAGCAUUAAAUCAGCUAAAUAUGAGCUUCCUAUUUAUAACUAUACUAACAAAACGAAGUAUGCUAUAGGUUCUAUCCAUUUGGUUGCAAUGACGGAGGGGUUGCUUAGCGAGGAACUAAAACAACGCCUGACAGCAAACAGAUUUAUUAAUCUACAGGGAGGAAAAAACAACAACUUGGCCUUAGACGAAUAUGUUGAACUUUUGAAUAGAGACAGCAAAUUUGCCUGCUCUGGCUUCCAAACCAAGGAGAGUAUUUUAGCACACUCCAAGGAAUUCCCCCAUAUUAUUAACUCAACCAAACAUAUUGAUGUGAUUUGUGAUAUAUCUGGUAGGAAGGAUUUUCAUACUGUACCUUCUUAUUUGGAAGAUGUUCAAAAGGUUUUUAAAGAACUUGCAGAAAUAAAUGCAUUCUCCGUUGUUGAUGGUCGAAAGUUGAAAUGUGAAGGCAUAAAAAAUGACCCCAAAAUUUAUGAUGAAUGUUUUAACGGACUGUCUACUUUAAUUGUAAGACAUAAACCAGUAGUUGCUUAUCACAGACUGCGAAAUAAAUAUAUUUGAAACACA